UGUCGUCUUGUGGCCAUCCUUCGCCCCUUCCUCGAAUAAAGUAAGCCUGGGCUCUCGAGCCUAUCCCUGUCGGAACCCCAGCCAACAUCCCCUCUCUCUCUCUCCAAUGUUGAAGCUAUGGAGAUGGUACCAGAACUGCCUCGCCGUGCAUCCGGUGAAGACCCAGAUGAUCAGCUCCGGGUUCCUUUGGGGUCUGGGAGACAUCGGAGCUCAGGCCGUCACCCAUUCGACCCUAAGAAAACAGCGUCAACUCACCGUCGUACCUACGGUACUAGCAGUUAUCGAGUCUCAGCACUUCCCCCACGCAGAGUGUCAGUACCAAUGAUUGCAGAUCUUGGUUGUAUAAGGGAUUCAAGAUGGAAAAACCAAUCACACAGCAGGAAGAUAAAGAGCUCAAAAUCAAUUGGAAAAGGGUGGCUAUCACAAGUAUGUUUGGAUUUGCAUAUGUUGGACCAGUUGGCCACUACUGGAACAAGCCCGAGCAUCUUGCAGAUAUACAAACUUUGUUGUAUGUUUUUUUUCCUCACCGGUUUUCUUCCAUUAUAUAGGUAUGAAUACUUGGAUCGUUACAUUCGAGUUCGACUCCAGCUGCAACCUAAAUCCUUAAAAUUUGUUACCGCAAAGGUUUUUGCAGAUGAGCUUCUCUGUUGGCCCUUGGAUUUACCUAUCUUUUUCUCAUACAUGGGGUUUGCCUCUGGGAGGAGCGCGGAUCAAGUGAAGGAAGAUGUGAAGCGGGAUUUCCUUCCGGCUCUUGUUGUUGGGGCAGGAGUUUGGCCAUUCCUCCAAGUUGCAAACUUCAGAUUUGUUCCAGUGAGAUACCAACUUCUUUAUGUAAAUUUGUUUUGCUUGCUGGACAGUUCCUUCUUGUCUUGGAUAGAACAGCAAGGCGAUGCCCCAUGGAAGCAGUGGUUUAUACCAAUUGUUACCCAGGAAAAUCAGAAAGGUCAGGCUUGAUAUCUUACCUUCAGAACUCAGAUCAAUUCAACAGGAGAUUUCAGGCCUUCUGACAGUUGCAUUUGAGGGUCUUGAAAACUAGACUACUGUUCUGCGUCAGAGUUGUGGGGCCGGGAACCUGAUGCUUCUGACCCGAAGGGGGCAUAGCCCUUCAGUUGCCUUGAGACCAGUCUCUAAGGAAGCUGUUAAAGUGCCCCAGUGUUGUAUUAUUAUCCAUUAAUUUUGUUGUUGUCAAACUAUAAGCGCUACCAAUCACAGUCAAUGGCUGGCUUUUCAGCCUUUCCCUGAAUAUUUAUGUAUUCACAAAUGGAUGAUUUUUUUAAAGUCUCCUGUGACAAUAAUUUGUACAGAGAUAAUGCUCCACGGAUCAACAUAAACGCGAGGAGCAAGAGAUGAAUUCUUAAUUCAUGAAUGCGGUGAAAACGCAUAUUUUA